AUGGAACCGCCACCGCCAUCACCACCACCACCACCCGCCGCGCUCUCACCAGCCCCCAUCUCAGAGCCGCUCCUGCGCGCCGUCUACGCCUCCGACCAGACCAUGUACCCGGCCGCGCUGCCCUACGCGCGCCUGCGCGCCUGGGUCGACGCGGCGCCGGACCUGUCCAUCAGCUUCGUCUCCAAGUCCCGAGACGACGCCGCCGCCGCCGACACCGCCGACACCGCCGCCGUUGGAGUGGUCAUCGCCCUCCCGCUCCGGAGAACAUACUGGCUGGCUCUGCUGGACGGGCGGCUCAAGGAGUCGGAGAUUGAUCCCGGCAGGAUGUUUCCCUGUGCCCGGGGGGAGGGGUGCGGUGAGGACGAAGAGCAGGUGAAGGAGGAGGAGGUGGAGGUGGGGUUGCAUGUCUAUCAUAUUGAGCGGUUUGGCGCCGGGCAGGGUCCGGUUGAGCCUGGGCUUGCGGGGGUGGGAGCAGAGGGAAGGCGCUUUUCGGAGGUCGCGCUGGAGGAGGUGGUGAGGCGGGCGCGAGGGCGCCGGCCCGGGUGGAAGGUGGUUGGCUUGUCAGCGCUCACAGCGACCACUGCGGGGAGGAGGACAUUCCAGAGACUUGGUUUCACGCCCACGGGUUACAAGGAGCUGUUUGUUAUGAAGCCUGGGGAGGAUGCAUCUGGCGGCGAUGCCGCCGAUGCGGGAGGGAACCUGUUGGAGAUGGUUUGCCAGUACCCGGGCGAUAGGCGUGAGCCCGGCGAAGUCACGGGCGGACGCGUCAUGACGGGGGUGUCAGAGAUGAAUGUGAAGUACAUUAUGUCCCAGGGAAACUGA